GAUUCAUGAUAAACCAGUAUGCCAAACUUACUGUAUGUAUUUCAAUUAAUAAGAUCUUGGAGGUUGGAUGAAGAAGAUAAUAUAGAUCCAAGCAGAAUUUCAACACCCAUAAUUACAGUUCUGCCGGCAGAAAUUAUUGAUCCUCCUGAUAAGAAACCCAUAUUGACUUUUGAUAAUAAAAAUGAAGAAAAUAAUAAACAAAGCGAAAACAAAGAAAUAUCAGAAAAUAUAAAUACUAAUGAUACUGCCAAGGUAGUUUUGAGCAAAAAAGAAGUAAAAAUGGUUGAAGAAAAUAAUAAAGCUAAUGAAGAGGACAAAUCAAGUAAACCAACUUCUGCGAUUUCGAGUGAGGGUGAUGGGCCAAAGAAGAACUCAUUUUUCAACUGGUUGGUAAACACUUUUCGAUCAUUUGUUGGAUCAUAUGGAACGGAAAGUGAGAAGCGGAACAUGCUGCCAUCUGACCUCGAAAAGGGAAACGAUGAGAAAGCCGCUAACGGAGGAUGCAGUGAAACGGUUUGUUCGAUCGCUGCCAGCCCAUACAGAAUUCUGAGGGCUGCAGAGAGUGGGAACCUUGACAUGUUCCAAAGACUUUACAUCCAAGACCCUUCGAGACUCUCUUUGCGAGAUCCCAGGGGCCGCACAACUGCACAUCAGGCCGCAUCUCGUAAUAGAGUCAACAUCCUGACUUUUAUUGUGCAGCAGGGAGGAGAUAUGAACGCUCAAGACAAUGCAGGAAACACUCCUUUACAUGUUGCUGUUGAAUCUGAAUCACUUGAUGCUAUAGACUAUUUGUUAAGUAUAGGAGUUAAAACGGACAUCCUUAAUGAAAAAAAGCAAGCCCCGGUCCACCUGGCAACCGAGCUAAGCAAAAUUUCCGUCUUGGAAACAAUGGCGAAACAUAAGGACAAAAUUCACAUCCAACAGGGCGGAGAACACGGCCGCACGGCCCUUCAUAUUGCCGCGAUAUAUGACCAUGAUGCUUGUGCUCGGAUUUUGAUUUCUGACUUCGGUGCCAGUCCAAGAAAACCGUGCAAUAACGGAUAUUAUCCUAUACACGAGGCAGCCAAAAAUGCAUCUUCCAAAACCAUGGAGGUAUUUCUUGCGUGGGGUGAAUCUUUGGGUUGUACUAGAGAAGAAAUGAUUUCAUUUUAUGAUGCAGAAGGCAACGUACCACUUCACUCUGCCGUACAUGGAGGGGAUAUAAAAGCCGUUGAACUCUGCAUAAGAUCUGGCGCUAAAAUUUCAACGCAACAACACGAUCUCUCCACUCCAGUUCAUCUUGCUUGUGCUCAAGGAGCAAUUGAAAUUGUGAAGAUAAUGUUCCAAAUGCAACCCGAAGAGAAAUUGGCAUGUCUCACUUCCUGCGACAUUCAAAAGAUGACUCCAUUACAUUGCGCCGCCAUGUUCGAUCACCCUGAUAUAGUUGAAUAUCUCAUAAGCGAGGGAGCUGAUCGCAAUGCCAUAGACAAAGAGAGGAGAUCUCCUCUUCUUCUAGCUGCGUUAAGAGGGGGUUGGAAAACGGUACACACCCUCAUUCGCCUAGGAGCCGACAUUAACAUAAAAGACAUUAACAAAAGAAAUGUCCUGCAUCUAGUCGUCAUGAAUGGUGGCCAGUUAGAGCAAUUCGCUUCAGAAGUAAGUAAUGCCAAAUCAAAGGAGAGUCUUCUACAGUUGCUGAACGAGAAAGAUUUGACAGGAUGUUCGCCAUUACACUACGCCAGCAGAGAAGGUCAUAUUAAGAGCCUGGAAAACCUCAUCCGUUUGGGGGCCUGCAUUAAUUUAAAGAAUAAUAAUAAUGAGAGUCCUCUACAUUUUGCAGCCAGAUAUGGACGUUACAAUACCGUAAAGCAGUUAUUGGACUCUGAAAAGGGCAACUUCAUCAUUAACGAAAGCGACGGCGAAGGCAUGACUCCUUUACAUAUAGCUUCUCAACAAGGUCAUACAAAGGUCGUUCAACUUUUACUUAACAGAGGAGCGUUACUGCACCGAGAUCACAAUGGAAGAAAUCCUCUCCAUUUGGCGGCCAUGAACGGUUAUACGCAAACCAUUGAGUUGCUUUUAUCAGUGCACUCUCAUUUACUGGAUCAAUUGGAUAAAGAUGGGAACACCGCACUUCAUUUAGCUACGAUGGAAAACCGACCAAAUGUGAUUGGCCAACUUUUAUCGAUGAAAUGUAAACUGCUUUACAACCAAUCGGAAAUGAGCGCAAUGGACUACGCUAUCUACUAUAAAUAUCUUGAAGCAGCUUUAGCAAUGGUUACUCAUGAAGAACGGGCAGAAGAAAUCAUGGCGCUGAAAUCUCCUAAGAACCCAUGCGUAUCCCUAGCCCUAAUAGCGUCCAUGCCAAGGGUGUUCGAAGCAGUGCAGGAUAAGUGCAUCAUCAAGGCAAACUGCAAGAAAGACUCAAAAUUAUUUUCUAUCAGUUACAACUUUAGCUGCCUUCAGUGUUCGACUGUGACACAAGAAUUUGACGAAAAGCCAAACGAAAAAUACGUUUCGGAGAAGCCAACGCCGCUUCCUGCCUUAAACGCAAUGGUGGCUCAUGGUCGUGUCGAACUCUUAGCCCAUCCCCUUAGUCAAAAAUAUUUGCAGAUGAAAUGGAACUCGUAUGGAAAGUAUUGCCACCUGACCAACUUACUAUUUUACUGCAUGUUCUUGGGAUCAAUCACCUGUUUCUCAUCUCAGCUCAUGCAACAUGAGAAAGCAGUAAAUUUCACUUCGAUGAAUUUUACAAAUAUGACCAACGAUGAGAAAUUCGCAGAAAGGAAAUCAAAGAUUCUUAACGUCGAGAUAAGUUACUCCAUGUAUAUUUGCGCUUUAGCAAUUUUGGUGUUUAUCGCGGUAGACGGCGCUAAAGGAGCCACUCAAAUGUUGCAACAGAAAUACGUAUACUUCUUUAACCCUGUCAAUUGGGUUACGUGGUUCCUAUAUGGAGCCACGAUUGUUAUGGUCCUACCAAUAUUCGGAGGAGAAAUCUAUGAAAUACAGUUUUCAUUCGCAUCGCUAGUAGUUUUCUUAAGCUGGUUUCAAUUACUGCUGCUUCUUCAAAGUUUUGACCAAGUGGGCAUCUACGUUGUAAUGUUUCUGGAAAUACUGCAGACGCUGAUUAAGGUGCUUAUGGUUUUUUCGAUACUGAUCAUUGCGUUUGGUCUAGCCUUUUACAUAUUGCUGUCAAGGGGUGAUCAUCUCUCAUUUAAAACAAUCCCGAUGGCCUUGAUCCGGACGUUUUCCAUGAUGCUAGGUGAAAUUGAUUUUCUGGGGACAUACGUGAAGCCUUUUUACUUAAGUAGCAAAGACGAAAACACGUUUCUUCCUUUUCCCAUACCGGCGUUCUUGAUUUUGGGACUGUUUAUGGUAUUGAUGCCGAUCCUUUUGAUGAACCUGCUCAUCGGUUUAGCUGUUGGAGAUAUUGAGAGUGUCAGAAGAAACGCUCAAUUAAAGAGACUCGCUAUGCAGGUUGUUCUACACACGGAAUUGGAAAGAAGACUACCGCGAAGAUGGCUAGAAAAAGUCGACAAGGACGAAAUCGUCGAAUACCCGAACGAGUCCAAAAGCAAGAAGGGGAUUGUAGAUUAUAUCGUCAAAAAGUGGUUCGGAAGUCCUUUUUCAGAGGAUGGAGACAUCGGCAUGGAUAAUUCUGAAGACUACGUGAUGACAGAAAUAACAAAAACCAAAAAUCGACUUCGGCAAUUGUCACAAACGCUGGAACAACAAAAUCAGUUUUUGAGGCUAAUUAUUCAAAAAAUGGAAAUUAAAACAGAAGCCGAUGACAUCGAUGAAGGUGUAACAUUAAGAAGUGGUACCUCCGGACCCACCACUAAAUGGACCUCUCCCAGAAUAAGGAAAAAACUGAAGUCGGUGAUAAACUUCUCGCACAGGGCAAAUAGCACUUAGAAAUAUUAGUGGCUUAACCUUUUCUGUUGUUGACUAGUAUAAGUUCUAAUUUAAACAGUAAAGUAGCUAAACGCGGAAUACCAUUUUAAUCUGUAGCCAAAAAUAAAUUAUAACUAGUUUCAAAAAGUAGCCAGAUCGGCGCUGUUGGUCAGAAGUAUACCUCACACUAAUUGGCUCGAUCCACCUUUUGAUUUGUUCUAGCAGUAGUUUGACCAAUACACAAACGGUCUGGAAUCUGCGCAGACGAAAGUAGGCGUUCUAGCAAAUCUAAUCCGGGAUUCUGAUUGCCUGUCAGCUGUUCUAGCAACAACAAAGUUCAGUUUGGUAAUUGGGUUCAAACCACUGAAAGUAGUCCGUAGAAUUUCCUAGGGAUUUCGGUUUGGGACAUGCGCAAACUAUAUGUCAAGACUCUGUUUUCUUUUUUUGUUUGUCAUUUAGAUAAUGAAUAAGAAAUGUGUAUCGGAUUCGGAGUUUGGUCUUGUGGUUUGAUCACGUUUCAUUGUGGGAUAAUUGAAAUCUGAUUUUUGCUGCUUUCAAUGUAUUAGGGCUGGUUUUAGAGUUAAUUUACUACUGUAUUUAUUAAAUAUCUAAAAGUAGAUAUAUAAAAAAUUCAAUAAAAUUCUGUGUAAUUUUACAUUAUACAGAUAUAAUCAUUCAAACCUCGCCUAUAGGAAAUAGUCUAUGAGCGUAAGCGAGAGGGGACAUAUGGAGUCCGCAUGAGACAGACAGAGGGCACAAUACAUGCCGUUUGCAAUACGCUACAAAUUAAUACGUUUGGCAACAUUGAUAUUUCUGCCGCACGGCUCUCCGCUGGUUCAUCGAAAAACGAGACAAUUCUUAUCCCCAUCACACUGCACCACCAGCCGAUAUGAGAUUGCAUUUUAAGCGUUUAACGAUAACGUUAUUUUUAUUCCUAGCUUUCUGCUUAAUCAGCAAAGAUUAAAUUUAAAACCGCUCGCUAUUUUCUUGUUAAAAUGUGUUCUCUUGAGGAAAAAAAGCAAAUGAUUAAGUGGUAUUAUGCCGACAGUUCUGUCGAUAAAUAUCAGGCAGAAUUGCAUUCACGUUCAAAAAUCGGCCCAUUCCCGUACGCAGCACAAUUUUUGCAAUUAUCCAUAGGUUUGAGACCUUUGGGUGCUUGCAAAACUG